AGACUUGCACUCCUGUUAGCAACCCCUGGCUUUAAAUUCUUCAAGGACAGCUUUUUAAUCUUGCCAGCCCAGCUGGCUGUGCGUGCGUGAGUAGAUAUGGACGGCUAAAGGUACUAUUUUAAGAGUUAACAGGAAAGGAGCGAGAAAAAAAAAGGCUUGGAACCGCCUCCGUUUAUUAUAAGGGACUCAGUUGCUGUUCCAGUGUUUAUCAGCAGCCCAGAUCAGAGUCUGCAGUGGUGAAGCUGGAAAGCAUCAGCUUAUCAGUGCUGGUCGCGUGGCUUCUUUGUGUACAGCAGCUGCUGUUGAAUGCAUGGACAAAUACUGAGGCUCAGCACUGGGCAGUUAAACACAGACCCAAGGAACACAGGAAAUACAUGUAUCUUUUCUAAACAAGAGAUUUAAACCACUUUGUACACAAUCCCCAGGGUUACAUCUGUGCAUUAUUUAUCCUCAAUUGAGUUAACACUUAAGUGGAUGUCAGAAACCCCCACAAUAAUCAAAGUGGUUCAUUAUUGAGGGUUGUUAUAUUUUUUUAAAAAAUGGAUGUACGUUUUUAUCCAGCUGCUGCUGGCAACACUAUUCCUGGAGAUCCUUCCAACCUGGACCUUUCCCAAUGCUUGGGCUACUACAACUACAACAAGUUUGCAGGGAACAAUAACUACAUGAAUAUGGCAGAUCCAAGCCAUGCGUUCUUGACCACCAAUGAGACAUUCCACACUCCGAGCCUUGGGGAUGAAGAAUUUGAGAUUCCCCCCAUAACCCCACCACCAGAAUCAGAGCCCACCUUGGGACUUACAGACAUGGUGUCAGCUUUCCAAGGCCUUAAUGAUCCACUGUCCUCACAAGAGAAUGAAUUCACACCUCACUUUCCACCACAGAGCCUGGAUCUACCUUCCAUCACGAUAUCCAGGAGUAUUAUGGACCAAGAUGGUGCAAUGCUCAACAAUGGCUUGACUGUGGACCUGGUCCAGGCACAAGUUCCCCAGUACCACCAUGAUCCAAACAUGGGGAUGAGGUCUGUUGUUCACAUGGCUGAUGUUAAUCAAGCAGGAAUAAUGCAACACAAUCAGCUGACCACCAUUAACCAAUCACAGUUGAGCGCCCAGUUGGGGUUGAAUCUCGGAGGGGGCAAUGUGCCACAGAAUUCACCUUCACCUCCUGCUAGCAAGUCAGCCACCCCAUCCCCUUCCAGCUCUGUAAAUGAUGAUGAUGCUGAGGAAUUCAAUAGGGUUAGUGUAGAGAAACGAGCUGCGGUUGAUUCAGGAAAGAAACCCAAGACACCAAAGAAGAAGAAGAAGAAAGAUCCCAAUGAGCCCCAGAAGCCAGUGUCGGCUUAUGCUCUGUUCUUUAGAGAUACUCAAGCUGCCAUCAAAGGGCAGAACCCCAAUGCCACUUUUGGAGAAGUUUCUAAAAUUGUAGCAUCAAUGUGGGACAGUCUAGGAGAGGAACAAAAACAGGUAUAUAAGAGAAAAACAGAAGCUGCCAAAAAGGAAUAUCUAAAAGCUCUUGCUGCCUACCGAGCCAGCCUUGUUUCAAAGGCUGCUGCAGAAUCAGCGGAAGCGCAGACCAUGCGUUCUGUGCAGCAGACUUUGGCCUCGACGAGUCUUUCAACCUCACUCCUUAUGAAUUCAUCACUUUCGCAGCAUGCAUCUGUUUCAGUGUCAACCCAGUCCCUGCAACAGACCCUGCCAAGGGCAAUUGCCCCCAAACCAAUGAGAUUGUCCCUGCAAGGCAAUCAGCUGGCAUCUGUUCCUAUCACACCAAACAUGUCAACAAACAUUGCCACCCCCAUGGGGACUUCUAUUGGCACUACCAUGGUCCCCACUUCACCCACACCCCAGUUAAGCCCUCCACUGCAGCCUCAGCAACACCAAAUGCAGCAGAUGCAACAGCAUCAAUUGCAACACUUCCAGCAGCAUCACAUGCAGCAGCAACUGCACCAGCAAAUACAACAUCAGCAUCAAAUCCAACAGCACCAAAUGCAGCAGCAGCAAAUGCACCAUCAGAUGCAGCAACAGCAAAUUCAGCAGCACAUGCAGCAACAGUUGCAUCAGCAGCUGCAGCAGCAACAGAUCCAGCAGCAGUUACAGCAAAUGCAGUUACAACACAUGCAGAAACAGCAAAUCCAGCAGCUGCAACAGCAGCAGCACCCACCUCAGCACUCACCACCUCAGCAUUCCCCCGUUGCAUCGCAACCAGUGGUGGCCUCACAGAUAACUUCUCCUCUUCCCACACGGUCAAGUCCACAGCCAGUCCAGCAACAACAGCAAUCUCCACUACAAACCCAGGCCCAGACCCAAGUAUUGCCACAGACCUUUUCACCACCUCCGCCUGAAGUCCAGCCUGUCAUCAGCUCUCCCCCACCAACUCCUGUGGGUGCUACCACUCCAAUACGAUGCAUGAGGACUGGCUGCUCAAAUCCACCAAUCCCGAGCGUGGAGUGGGAUAAUGAAUACUGUAGCAGCGAGUGUGUAGUUAACCACUGCAGGGAUAUCUUCAUGGCGUGGGUUGCCUCUCGUAAUCAGAGCAAUACUGCUUCGGUGAAGUGAAGAUUUGCCAUCAACAUUUUUGAGCCAAAACUCAGCAUUUAUCAGACGGACUGCCAAGAAGAUGUUCUGAAAGGCAGCCUGACAUGCUUUGUUUCCUUGUAGCUACAUGGGCACAGACUUCAGAAGGCUUUCCAGUGACAGGCUGUACAGACUUUCUUUAGGCCCACCUGCCAUUUCUGCCAGUGCCUGGAGAGCUGGCCAUUUUACAUUGUGUAAUGUAGCUUCAGAUGAUUAUUUUGUUUGACAUGAACUUAAAGGGCAUGGCUUUUAGUAAAUGACAUGCCUCUGCAUGAUUGCUGAAGACUGUGAGAAGACUCAGAUGGAAAAACUUCUUUUGUGACAGUGAUGUCAUUGUGACCAGUCAAGACAUAAAGUACUGAGUGAAGCAUAAUACUUAAACGGAAUGCUAAUUACUUUUUUUUAACCAUA